CUUCCCAAGAUGAUGACCGUGAUGCACUGUGAUCCAAGUGAAGCUCAGAAUCAUGCCAGUCCGAAGAGGACGAAGAGGCCUGUUGCCUGCCAUUAUUGCCGGCUGAAGAAGGUUAGGUGCAACGGCGAACAGCCAACCUGUGGGAACUGUAUAGACCGCGGAGAAAAAUGCGUCUACCCAGCCCUGAAGCGACGAAGCCGCCGAGAAAGCCACGAGAAUAACAAGGUAAUUAUGGAUAGAAUUGCACGGAUAGAGGCAAUCCUCGAAGAGGCCUAUACGCCCUCACAAGUCCGAAAUGGUGAAGAUGAGUCGCAGCAUAUACCGGCAGCUGAGGUGGUGCAGAAGACGUCUCCUUACGCACCAGAUCAAGAACAACAACUACAACAACGGAUACCACUCUCUCCCCCACAGACCGAUUACUCUUAUCAACUGCUUCAAUGUACUCCUCCGCAAGAUGCCCAUACUACUGCAUUGUCACACCGGCGGAGUAGCCACACACCAGCUGCUGGCCAUGUUCUCGACUCGUCUAACCCAUCGCCCACGUCCCCAAAUUUGGGCACACACAAAGAGAUGUCUCAUAAGAGCCCACAAGUCUCUCAACUGGUUGACUCUCGCACAGCAUAUAGCGAGUCCUAUCGUGACGUGAACGACGUCGAUAUUGACCCCCUGAGACCCGGACAGAAGACGCCGAUGGAUCAAAUCAUUGACAACAUCCACUCCCCAGAGAGCCCUGACUGGGAGUACCAUGGCCCUGCAUCAUUCCUAUCUCUAUGCUCGAAGGCCGGUAUUGACUGGGUGGCGGAGAGGACCGGCUCAACAGAAUUCGCUCAGAUUGCUAUGAAUUUCAGGCGCUCGACUACGAAGCUACUCAAGCUCGACCACAGGCUCAGUACCGAGAGAGCGCCCGAGCCAGAUCGGGAGACGGCCUUCAGAUAUGCAACGGAGUACUUUGAGAAGGCUCCUGAUGCCCCCUUUGAUAUUAUUGUCCGCUCCAGAUUUGAAGCUCGUUUACGGACUCACUUUGAUAGUGCUGGAACAUCCGAGCAGGAUGAAGACCCCGCUUGGUAUGCGUUGCGAAAUGUUGUAUAUGCUCAAGGUUGUCGAUUAGAGCUUGGAAAUAAGGGGUAUUCAUUUAAUUACACGAAGCCUCAAAUUGCAGGGUGGCAGUAUUUCGAGAACUCCUUAUCGAAGCACUCGGAACUUUGUUUCUCCAGGACUGGAUUGAUGGCCAUCCAAGCCCUUCUUUGCAUGGCUUUUUAUGCCGAAGCACUGAGUUGUCCUAAACUCGAGUACAUGCUUGCCUCAACAGCAUUGCGUUUGGCUCAGUCAAAAGGACUUCAUCGACAGCCCGGCUCGACCUGGGGUAUAAGCCCACAGGAUACUGACCAGAGAAAUUGGAUUUUCUGGGUCCUCUAUAUCUUCGAAAAGCACAUUUCUCAACGUUCGGGACGCCCAUCAGCUAUUGAUGACGAUGAUAUCAGUUGUCAGAUCCCUACCAGGAUUCCGUCCAACAACACCAAUAAACUUGAGUUCUGCACUCUUUCAGCCAAACAUGCUAAGAUAUCCUCCCUGAUUGCAAAGCGAUGUAGUAGUGUAGCGGCUUACCGUCAAACACCGGACGAGGUAGUCCGGACUGUUUGCGAGCUGGACCGGCAGCUUCGAGACUGGCGAGACCUUAUCCCGCUAAGCAUGAGACCUGGCACUGUGCUCGACCCUACCAAUCUGCCAAGGGGCCUUCAGACCACCCACGCCAUAUAUCUGCAUUACUCCUACUUUGGGAGCCUGAUUGGGAUCCAUUCCAUAUUUACCUAUCCUUGGAGCGAGAUGCUUGGGCGAGAUAGAAGCCCUUCGCUCCGUGACCAAAUUAACGCUAGCUCAGAAAUCGUCGCGGAGGCCUCUCGAGGUAUCAUUUUGAUGACCAGAUAUAUCAAUGACAUAUAUGCUUGGACACCAACAUGGCUCGGCUUUUACUACCCAAUCCUGGGGCUCAUAAAUCUUUUUGUUCACGUGCUAAAGUACCCAACUGCUCCCACCGCACCAUCCGACAUUGCCCUCCUAGAUGUAGUGUCGGGUCAUCUCGCGCGUAUAGAGUUUGCAUCGUCAGGCCAGCUCAGCUUCUCCGUCGCUCGUGAUCUCUCUGGCUUAGCACGGGUAGCUACCAAACGCGCAAAGCAAAACAUGCUGAAUGAAAAUGAGAGGCAGGAUUCAAUAAUCGUCGCAGAUCCUGCCUAUGAACAGAUGCCCACAGAUGAUUUUGAUUAUGGGCUGGACAGUAUAAAUAUGAAUGACUUCGACAUGGAAGACUGGAGUACCUUACUACCGUGUGACGAUUUUCUACAAACGACAUGAAUCUCGAGACGGUAUAUGCAUUGCGGAACAAUGCAGCAGAAUAUAAGCUUUAUUAUAUCACUAUCUCCAUACACAAGACAGAGUGAUUCGUGCCGAUAUCUCUGUUGGAACAGCCACGGGACGGAUACAUCAGGCUUCAGUUAUGGUAGCUACUCGGUAGCCGCCUACAUCCCAGAGCAACAAAUCAUAGAUAUUUGCUUGCUGGAUCCUUCGGGAAAAAUGUAGGAAAGUUUCAGCUGUACAUAGCAAACAAACUAGGUACCUAAUCAUCAACCACAUGAAGAGCCG